AUGUCGCGAGAUAAUGCCACAGGAAUCAUUUUCGCAAUACCACCGCCACAUGGCAUAAAACCGGAUCCAGAUGCACCAGUCGACGCGAAUGACUUGGUCGCUGUAUUUUCUGUAUUCUUUACAUUAUCUGUAAUAUCAUGUGGCAUUAGAAUUUACACCCGGGCCUUUUUGACGGGAAGAUUGGGAAUGGACGACUAUGUUAUGAUUGCUGCACUGGUUUGGUCCGCCGUAUUAACCGCAUCCAUGCUGGACAUGUUGCGUUGGGGUAUGACAAAAAACAUGUGGAACGUACCUUUGACGCCUGAUAUAUUCCCCAACUUUAUGGUCGACAGGCUGGUAUCCUCUGUCGCCUACUGCUUCGCCACUGGUUUCGCCAAAGGCUCCAUCCUACUCUUUUAUCUGCGUAUCUUCCCGACGCCACCCAUGACAUGUACUACAUGGUUUUUACUUAUCUUUACAGUUGGCUAUUCGGUCGCCUCAGCCUUGGUCAACAUUUUUUCGUGUUGCCCAGUGGAGGCCAGCUGGCGACUCGAAUAUGCCGAGACGGGUAAAUGCAUCAAUAGGCCAGUUUUUUAUUUGGUCCAUGGAUCCUUAUGCAUUUUGACCGACAUUACGACGGUGGUGGUGCCAGUACCAUUGCUGAGAACGCUCCGCCUCCCGAUGAAGCAGAAGAUCGGCGUGGGGCUUGUGCUUACCAUUGGGGCGUUUGUCUGCUGCGUUAGCGUCAUCAGGAUGAAAGCGCUGGUUCUGAUGCUGGACGAGCCUGACGUUACGUACAUCAUCAAAGGCCCCGCAUUGUGGUGCAUCAUUGAGGUCAGCCUCUCCAUCAUCGGCGGCAAUGCCACCACUCUAACGCCAUUUAUCCGGCACUUCUGGCCACGGGUUUUUGACGCGUUCGGUAGGCUCCGACGCAGCGGCGCAUCCAAGGUCCAUUGGUGGAGGGGAGAUAGGGGGACGAUAUCGACAAUGACCGACUCUGGAGCCAGGGCACGCGGCGUUGGGGACGAAGAUUUCGGUGCCGAAGCCUUCGCUGCCACCGGAGACGUCCUCGGUAGAUGCGAUCGGGAGCUUUUGCAAAGUAGCUUCAAAAGCCGAGCAAGUGGCACGGAUUGGCAUUCGCAGGGAGCCAAGAUCGGGGCCGUCAGCUCUGCGGAACGACCGGGAACGUGUGAAAAGGCGGGCACUAAGAAGGUUGUCGAGCUUGGAUUCGAGAGAAUUCCGAAUACAACUGCAAGUCGGGACCAUUGGGGAGUAUAA